GGCGGGAGAAAAGGGGAGGGGGUCGGAGGCAGAGACAGGAGAGGGGUGGGGUGGCGGAUUCUGGGGCCAUGGGAGGCAGCAAAGGCUUGAGGAGCCGAUCACUCGCCACCGCGCCAUGGAGCUGCACUCAUGCGGCUGCGGAGGUGGUGGUGGAGGAAGGGACCCGCGCGGGGGGCGGGGGGGGGGGGCGAACGCGUCGGAAGCCAGAGAGCGCUGUGUCCCUGGGCUCCGUCGGUCAGCGGGCGCAGGCCGGCAGGAUGGAGCCGCAGCACGUGCGCCCCAUGCUUGGAUCCCAGAGCCCAGCCUGGGAGGAACCGAAAAUCUUCAGUACUCGUCUCGCAACAUGAACGUUUAAAGCUAAAACCUUCACAGAGAUGUGAGAUGGAGCAGGAGCAGUGGCUAAAUGUUGAACUCUUCAAAACUUGGCGUAUGGGCUGCUGGUGUACCACCAUCAUCCCCAACACUCCUGUUCAGAAGAUGGGUGAGGAAAGUGGAAAGUCUAAUCAGUCAGCCGAUGACCAGUGGGAAAAAUGAGCUACAAGAUCACCUGAUCUUCAUCAGUGAGAAAGCUUUGCACAAGAGGGUCUGCUAGAAAUACUUCAACCCAAAAUUCCAAAAUGACUAAGAAGAGAUCCAAAAGAAAUGAACUAGAAGAACUGAAAUUGGAUAUGAGGAAGAUCAGCAAUGACAUGGAGGAAAUGUGUGGAAUCCUGAACCUUUACAUGUAUGAGGAUUUGAACUACAGGAUGAACACUGAAUUCAACAUCAUUAAAUCACAACAUGAGAAGACAAUGUUGGAUAUGAAUAAAAUGAUCCAGUCCAUAAUUGGUUCCAUGCAGUACUCCAAGGAACUGAUAGAAGAUAACUAUUCCUACAGCAUUAAGGAGGACCACCUCCUCCGUGAGUGCACUCAACUCCACGAAAACGUAAGGAUAUUACUGAAUGAGAACAGAAGGCUGCUGGUGGAGCAGGCUGGCCACAAGUGUCCUGUGGGGAAGAAAAGAGGUUCUCUGAGGAGGCCAGCAAGAACAUCUGUGUCCCAAGUGCCAAGGAACACCAGUGUGAUAUAGUCCAGCAGAAAGCAGAACAUGGCACAGACCACGACAUGAUCUCCCUCAAAGAGAAGUGCUGGAGGAAGAGCACUGAAUGUGCACAGGAAAUACACCACUGUUGCCUCUCAUCCCUAAUAACCAUGGCUGUAAUGGGCUGUAUGCUCCUCUUUUAUUUUGUUUCUUUGGUAUGAACAGGCCUUAAUUUCAUCUAGCCUCUGGCCCAGGAAGAGUGCACAUUUAAAGGGACUCAGAGAAAUGCUGAGACACAUCACGAGCUGCUGGGCAUCCAGGAAGAAUCUGAGUGCAAAUUUAUCUUUUCCUGAUGGGUCAUCAUCAAUAAUUACAUGGAGAUCAGUCAACAAAAUUGUAAAACCUUGGAUCCAAGUCUACAACAUGUGUUCUGCUUUGACUUGGGAGGCCAUAUCCUUCAGACCCACACUCCAAAAGGAGAAUGUUGCUUAAAUUUCUCCUGCAAAGUUUGUUACCUCCAGGAACUACUUUUCUACUAAGUUGCCAAGGACACCCACAGGCUGUAAGCCUGUGCUACAAAAUGAGCAGACUAAGAAUUUUGCUUUGCACAAUUUUUGUGGUUUGAUUUUGGUUUGAGUUUUGAUUAGUUUAGUUAUUUGUUUUUUCUUGUUUUCAUUCAAAGUUUUGUUAUUUAUUGGUUAUUUAUUGUUCUUUUAAUUCAUUUGAUAUUUUGAUAAGGUUAUACACAGUACAUAUUGACUGUCAGCUUUCAGUUACAAUUGAGUACAUUGCAUUUAUUCUUAUGACUAACACAGUGAUCUCCAACUCUUCACUCUAAGAGCCUUGUUAUUUCAGGUGUGAUCAUGAAAGCCCACAGAUAUCAGACCCAGAUGGAUCUCUGCACUCUUCAUGGGACUUGGGCUCCAUAGUUUCUUCUGAGCCGGACUUAACUACAAAGUCCUUCAUACAUUCAGUAUGGAGAGUUUGUCCAACUGUCUGGAUAGGAACUUAAUGAUGGAAAACUUACCCAUGCUGCAUCGUUGCUGUCAAAUAUUUAGCUACUGUGAAAAUCCUGUGGAUGAUGGUGUUGAACGCAUUAAUGGCAAAUACAUCAGUAUUUCUGUAAUAGCUCUCAUUAAAUCAAAGCAUAGUCUAAGGGAAUAAAAAGCUGUCAGAAAACA